CUGUCUCCUCCUGAAUCCUGUGGCUGGCAGGAGCCAAGUGCAGACAAGAGAGAAGGGGUAGUGUGGGUUGGGCGGACCCCCCAAAGCUGAGCGUGAGCGCCACCGAGGUCACCCUUCCUUCCUUGUUUGUUGUUUCCCUAACCCUCCUCCAUCCUCGUUGGCUCCGCCCGUCCGCCGCCCCACUCCUCUCUUUAUACGCCGCCGCUUCCGCCCUCCCUCUCUCUGUCCUCCCCCACUGCAUUGCGCGGCACCGCCGGGCCUAGAGGAGCCGAGAGAGGAGAGAUGGCCGCCGCGUCCUUCACCGCUGCCAAGUUCCUGGCGCCGGUGGCCGCGAGAUCCGGCGGCGACAGGGCGCCGUUCCCCGCCGCCGGAGCCGCAUACGCCAGGCCGCGCCGCGGGGCACAGCUGACGAGCCUGCGCCCAGCGCUGGCCGUCUCCUCCGACGUGCUCGCCGGGAGCAAGGCCGCGCAGGCCGCCGCCGCGCAUCCGGGUGUGACACGGGAAGAGGCACUGGAGCUGUACGAGGACAUGGUUCUUGGCCGUUGUUUUGAGGACAUGUGUGCGCAAAUGUACUACCGUGGCAAGAUGUUUGGGUUCGUCCACCUUUACAAUGGCCAGGAGGCUGUUUCCACUGGCUUCAUCAAGCUUCUAAACCAGGCGGACUGUGUUGUUAGCACAUAUCGUGAUCAUGUCCAUGCGCUGUCCAAGGGUGUCCCAGCCCGUUCUGUCAUGGCUGAACUCUUUGGCAAGGCCACCGGCUGCUGCCGUGGACAGGGUGGUUCCAUGCACAUGUUCUCUGCUCCCCACAACCUCCUCGGAGGGUUUGCCUUCAUUGGAGAGGGCAUCCCUGUUGCCACUGGUGCAGCCUUUGCUGCUAAGUACCGCCAUGAGGUGCUCAAGCAGUCCGGCCCCAAUGGGCUUGAUGUCACAUUAGCGUUCUUUGGAGAUGGUACCUGUAACAAUGGCCAGUUCUUUGAGUGCCUGAACAUGGCACAGCUUUGGAAGCUUCCUAUUGUGUUUGUUGUGGAGAACAACCUGUGGGCAAUUGGGAUGUCACACCUCAGGGCUACUUCGGACCCAGAGAUUUGGAAGAAGGGACCAGCAUUUGGAAUGCCUGGGGUUCAUGUUGAUGGUAUGGAUGUCCUGAAGGUCAGGGAGGUUGCAAAGGAGGCAAUUGAGAGGGCAAGGAGAGGUGAAGGACCAACCCUAGUGGAGUGCGAAACCUACCGGUUUCGAGGUCACUCUCUUGCAGACCCAGAUGAGCUCAGGAAGCCUGAUGAGAAAUCCCACUAUGCGGCAAGGGAUCCUAUUACAGCCUUGAAGAGGUACAUCAUCGAGCAGAACCUUGCAACUGAAUCCGAGCUGAAGAGCAUUGAGAAGAAGAUGGAUGACCUUAUUGAGGAGGCUGUUGAGUUUGCCGAUGCAAGCCCGCACCCUCCACGGAGCCAGCUGUUGGAAAAUGUUUUUGCUGAUCCCAAGGGCUUUGGUAUUGGUCCCGACGGGAAGUACAGGUGCGACGACCCCAUGUUCACGCAAGGCACCGCUCAAGUUUGAGGCUCCUCCAAAGAUUGAUCUUUUGUUUCAUCCUGCUCCCAGUACCUCUCCGUUCUUCACAUCUAGUCACGGUUUCUUAGUUUUGUCGAACGUGUGGUCAUGUUAAGCAUACUGUAUGCAUAAGGCGGUUCAUUUCUUUGAUUCUUAGGCCCGAUAUUACUGUGUAAUUGAUUCGAGUGUUCAACUGGUAGCCCAGUUUUAUGCAGUGUAUUCUAGCUCAACUUGUUCAGGAACAGCUCGAUUUCCGCAUAUACAGAAGUAUGGAAUGGUUUGAACAAAGUUACAACUGUAGUUCCAAUCAUUAGCCUGCCCUGCUUGGAAACCAAUAUUUGCAAUCUCCAUUCUGGGGCAGUGAAAUAAUAUAUUUGUUGUCCUUCUUAAGCCUCA